AUGCAGAAGAGUUCGCUGCGCAUGCAGCAGAUGGAUGGCCUGGUGGAGGAAGACGUCAUCUAUCCCGGCAACGCGCUGAGAUUUGUGACGGAGGUCGAACAGGUGGAGCUCUGCGCGAACUUGUGUGCCGAAGACCCCAAUUGUGUGGCGUGGUCUUACGCGAAGGAGCAGGACAAGCCGUGGUCGAACAACUGCUACCUCAGGAUGGGCAACAGUCCGAAGGACUCGCUGGCGAGAGUCCAGGACUCCGAGUUCACGUCCGGCAUGCCUACUCACAUGGACAGGGCGGAGCAUAGACAUCUACGACCCCCAGCAGGGCGCGUCGCUGUACUGCUUCGCGCUCUUCAUCCCGUGGUCCAACGAGAAGGAGCUGAUCGAGUACACUAUGGGAUGAACACGCACAUCUUCCAGUGCGAGGAGAGUACGCGACGUACAGCGACGGCCAGUACAACGUCGCUCCUGGAGUCAGGACUUUGA